GGGAUGAACAAAUCAAACGCAACUGCAUCAUCGUAGCCCAGCACGCGCAUUUACACUCCGAGCUCCGACCAAAUCCGAGCUCGCGCACGCAAUCGGUUUACACUCCGGGUGGUGUCGAGAGACUCAGUUUCUCUUUUCUCCAAACAUUCGAGUCUGUGAAAGCCUCAACUUGAGACGUCACAUCUUGCCGAGAGCGACGCCUGUCCCUCGGUAAAAACUCCCUGACAGAGCAGGCAAAGCCAGGCGCGGCUCGGAGAGGAAGAAUGGCGGAUUCGAGCAGCACCGCAGCGGUCGGGGCCGCAGCCUCAGCCUCCAACAGCGCUACUGCUCCCGGGGCGGCUGGCACUGUUGCGCAUGAUGGGGCGCCGGGAACUGCGGGACAGAAAUCCGCGUCCGAGUCUGUGAAGGGCCAGAUAUUCGACGUGGGCCCCCGCUACACCAACCUGUCUUACAUCGGGGAAGGGGCUUACGGAAUGGUGUGCUCUGCCCUGGACCACAUGACAAACCAGCGCGUAGCCAUCAAGAAAAUCAGCCCCUUUGAGCACCAGACAUACUGCCAGCGCACACUGAGGGAGAUCAAGAUCCUGCUGCGUUUCAACCAUGAGAACAUCAUCGGUAUCAACGACAUCUUAAGGGCUCGCCACAUCGACAAUAUGAGGGACGUUUACAUCGUGCAGACGCUGAUGGAGACAGACCUGUACAAGCUGCUCAAGAGCCAAAAGCUGAGCAACGACCACGUCUGCUAUUUCCUCUACCAGAUCUUGCGAGGACUCAAGUACAUCCACUCUGCCAACGUGUUGCACCGGGACCUCAAGCCCUCCAACCUGCUCAUCAACACCACUUGCGACCUCAAGAUUUGUGACUUUGGUCUGGCGCGCAUCGCAGACCCUGAGCACGACCACACAGGAUUCUUGACCGAGUAUGUGGCCACGCGUUGGUACAGGGCUCCAGAAAUCAUGCUCAACUCAAAGGGCUACUCUAAGUCCAUUGACAUCUGGUCAGUGGGCUGCAUCCUGGCUGAGAUGUUAUCAAACAAGCCCAUCUUCCCUGGGAAACAUUAUCUGGAUCAGCUCAACCACAUUCUGGGUGUCCUGGGCUCUCCGUCCCAAGAAGAUCUGAACUGCAUCAUUAACAUGAAAGCCCGAAACUAUCUGCAGUCUCUACCUGAAAAACCCAAAAUUCCCUGGGAGAAGCUUUUCUGCAGGGGCGACUCAAAAGCUUUGGACCUGCUGGGCCGCAUGUUGACCUUUAACCCCAACAAGCGUAUCAGUGUUGAGGAGGCGCUGGCUCAUCCUUAUCUGGAGCAGUACUACGAUCCCACAGAUGAGCCGGUGGCGGAGGAGCCCUUCACUUUCACCAUGGAGUUGGAUGACCUUCCCAAGGAGAAGCUGAAGGAACUCAUAUUUGAAGAGACGGCUCGCUUCCAGGAGACCUAUCAGGGCUCUUGAGACACGCAGACGGCUUGUGCGCGUGUUAUUUCUGUGGGCUCUCUUUUCGGAUCAGUGUCAUGACUUAACUGCUGCUCGGUGGAGCGCCACCUAUGGGUCCAUCUCCGUAACUGCACAGGCAUCCAUGUCAAGAGAGCGGACCAACAUGUGCUCAGGUCCCGGCCCUGGACCACCUGCUGGCUUCAGCCCCUCUCCCCGCCCCCAGUUUUAAAAAUGUUGUCCAAAGCUUCGCUGUUCUCUCAGAAGCCAUAGCCAGCACUAUGACUGUCCCUACAAUGGGUGUGAGGCGUUUUUUUUUUUGUUUUUGUUUUUUUUGUGCACGUGUGGUGAAAUCUAUCAAUGUUUUUUUUUUUUAUAAUUCGCCUUCCCAGCACUUGCCACGCUUUACUCAAAGGGCUGCCUCCGUCCCGUCCUCCCUGCGUGCACUUCUUUCCAGCCACGACUUCACUUUUGCCAUCCGCCGCUACUUCCUUCCACCAAUCACGUGACCCAAUCAGCACGUCUGCACUUUUUUCGUUUUGGUCCUCAGUCUUUCCCUCUGUGUCUGAUCCUGCUCGCGCAGCUUUAAAUCUGACGCUCUGUGUAUGUGUUUCUUUAAUAUCAUUCAGCCAAUUUAUUAUUAUUAUUUUUUGCAUGUUGGCUUGGAUGUCAUUCAUACAUGAGAGUUUAUUUUUUUCAUCCAGCGCAAAGUGGGUCUGACAAAGAUAAUGUUUGUUUCAUUUGAUUAUACAUCAGCCAUCAGUACACCGACCCUGCUUGUUUUUCUUUUUCCUCUCUCUCUCUCUCUCUCUCUCUCUCUCUCUCUCUCUAAUGUGACAUCAGAUUAGGUCGCCAUGGUUCCCAACCAAGAGGACCAGGUUUCGCAAUCACACGCAAAUACACACUUUGACUGAGGAGUGUAUCUGUGUGUGUCUGUGAAAUGUGGCACUUGAACAUGCCAUACACAUUCACACGGGAUUGAUGAGUCUAGUGGUCCGUCUGUCAUGUGGCCUGGUUCCAGAUAUCGUUGGUUUUAAAUGGUUGUUGUUAUUACUGUUGUUAUACUGGUGAGUUUUCUUUUUUUUUUUAUAUUAAAAGGGAGUUCAAGUUGUAUCAUUUUUUUAUAUAUAUAUCAUUUGAAUGGUUUUAUUUGUAUUUUUUUUUUCUUGCUAAUUUCUCAUAUGGGCGUGAUAAUUAUUGCCAGUCUUUUGAGUUUUUCUGAUUAGAUUUUUUUUUUCUUGGGUUUUCCCCUUCAACUUUAUAAGGAAUUAUUUUUAAAGGAAUUAUUUGUCAAUUGUCAAAGAGAUAUGAGUUAAGGGUUGUAGUAUGUAUAUUGUAUGGAUAUGAAUUAAAUGAUUAACAAAACAACCAAAUUAUAUUACAUAUGAUUGAAUAAAAAUUUCCUGAUACAGUU